GCUGAGACGAUGGCAGCACCAGCAGCACGCCUGCGUCGUGUGAAAAGUCUUGAAGGGAUUUGUUUUGAGCGGGUUUAAAAAAUUAAUGUAAAUAGUGAUAUGAGUUGAGAAAUGCGAAGUAGAUCGCAAAAGAUUGACAUGUCGCCGAUAGUGUCGGCAGCGGUUAAUUAGAGCCCUGGUUGUCAUGAAUUAUUUGAACAACAUAGCGGGGGGCGGGAUGAUCGGUGAUCCUGGUCUCCAACUCAACAAUGUCGAGAUUCUUUACACGAGAGUUCAAAGGGUUUACAUCAAGCCUCAGCACAAGGAAGAACGCCAAAGAGACCUUCGUGUCAAUGUCGAAAUUCAUGCUGGAAUCAGUCCCGUGUGUCGCAAGAGUUUGUGCGUUCUGCUUUCGGAUGACGACGAUCCUUGUUUUCUUUAUUCGCUGUUUGUGAAUGACGAUGACUUCAAAGUGCUCAAGGCGCAGCAGGGUCUGCUUGUAGACUUUGAUAAUUUUGCAACACAGCUCAUAUGCCUUUUGGAGCAAUGCCAAAUACCUCUUUCCGGUGUCGCAAAAACUCCCCCAAAGUUUCUUCUUCUGCUGGCAGAAGAGGCAGGUGACUGGACUUUUAAGCUCGUCGAAACGAACAACUUCAAGCAUCUAUGUCAUCUCAGCUUGAAUAUCGCCCCAUCCAGCGACACGGACAUAAAGGUCCAUAUGGCCAUGAAGAUCAAACAGCUCAAGGAAAACUGCCUUCGAAAAGACAAGGAUAUUGUCAGUAUGGAAACCAGGCUGAAUGACCUGACCAAGAAACUGGAGGUUCAAACCAAGGAACUGGAACAAAUUGAGCAAAAAUGUCUGGCUGAUAUGAACCAACUUCAAAUCCUCACCUCGCAACAAAUCAGCGCUGAGAAAGACAAGCUCGCGCAAGCAACCUUGGAGUUUCAACGUCUUAGAGAAAACGAGAAGUCUGAGUUGGAACAGAGGCAUGGGGAAACGCUAAAGCAGCUGCAUACGGAGCUUGCUGAGCUGAGGACAUGCAAUCUCGCACUAAAUGAGAAGCUCUCGCUUGCAGAGGCGAGUAACAAGGAGCAGGCGAAUCAGCUUCAGACUAUUAAUAAAGAGCUGAGCAUAGCUCAGAGAGACUUGGCACUUAUGAGAAAACAGAACUCGAAGCUUGACGCUGAUUAUCAUGAGAGGGACAAAAUGGCGCACAGCCUUAAGACAAAACUUGCGGUAGUUGAACAGGAGAUAAAGGACAAAUGUAUCCUGGUUAACAAACACACGGAAAUGAUAAAAACAGGUAAGGAGCAGAAGCAGCACCUAGAAGAGUUGAUAGCUGAGAAAGACAACCAGCUUCAAAGAAAACAAAACGCAUUGAAAAGUCUAAGCGAUGAGCUGGUCAAAGCUAACGAAAUAUUAACCAAGCUACAGAAUGAGCUUGCCUCCACAAAGUCGAAGCUCAAGCUCAGGACAAGCAUUGCUUUAGAACAGGAACGUCUGCUGGAUACUAAGCAAAAAGAAGUUGGACAGCUCGACAGCAAAAUGGAAGCCUGCUCUAAAGAAGCUAAGGAAGCCAAAGCUGUUGCCGAGGCUCUGAAAGAACAGCUUAAAACUCUGCAAUCACAAUUGGAAGAAAAAGAUAAAAUAAUAAAAAAUAAUGACAAUGUUAUUAGCUGGCUCAACCGACGACUAACCGACAACCAAUCGUCUGGACAGACCUCAACAAUCGGGCAGGCCAUAACGGUGCCGCCUUCUGUACAAUUGACUUUGCCAAGGACGAGCAAAAGCUUCCCAACAAGAUUUGAGGCCCGGUCAGCUAAUCCCAACGGGCCGCCGGCUAGCGUUUCUCUGACUGGCCAUCUGUUAAGAAACCCAAUAGUUCAAAAUCCGAAUAUAAAUCAAACCGCACGCACUACAGCGAGGAACAUGGGUGUAGGGGUCACGGAUACAACGAGCGGCUUGGCAGCAUUCAACAAAACUGGGCAAAUAUCAUGCACCAGUACGCCAAUGGAGCGAGGAAAUAUAUUGAGCAAAGCGUUGCCCAGUGCCGGAGUUGCUGCGACGACGGCAUCGUUGCCGACGAUUGCAGAGAACAAUAAUCCUCCCCUUUCCGUUGGGAAUACAAGAUCUAAGAGUGCAAUGGGAGUGAUGCAGGGUGGCCUUAGGCGAGCCGUUUUGGACAAACCGCUGUUACCAUCUGCUUAUUUCCCGAAAUCUUCGCACUAGUUAGAACCAGGCGGAGAAUAUGAGGAGGUGUGAAAACUUUUCAAUGGUACCUAUAACUUUAUUAUUACUUUUAAGCUAGAAUUAUCCUUUUGUUCAAAACAUUGAGGCAUACCGGAAAUUAUUGAAUAUUUACCGCGGCCAUUUUUGUAUGUAUUUAUUUUUUUCUCUUCGCCCUUGUCAUUCAUAAUAUUGCAAAAUGCUUUAUUUUGCAACGUUUGAUUUCGUGCGGCUCAAUCUCUUAACAGGUAAACCUUUUUCGGUUCAUAUCCAGUACAUUCCCACGUACACCACAAUUGUAUCAACGCAUGUAAGUGUAGUUCCAUUAACGCAAAGAUAGUAUUCCUCCGCAAAGUGAAAUAGAAGACGCUUAGCUGUCAAGUGACAAGACUUGUAGAUAGUUUUAUUUAGUACAAUAUUUACAAUUAGAUAUUACACUUUUAGAAUUUCGGGAUUUUAUAUAUUAGACAAUUAAGAUGAGACGGCCAUUCUUAUACCGACUGACGUACGGAAGACGUUAGUUACUUCCUUGGCAAUGAUUAGUAAUAUAUAAAGAAUUUAAUAAUCAAUAUUUUCUUACGUGUAAAUUCAAGUUCUAAAAGUAUUAUUUCAUUGGGGAAAUUGAAAAACAUAAUAAUAUUUAUGACGAUGAAAAUCAAAAUAAUACUGCGCAAUGAUCUGACUCAUGAUCUAUUAUUCAAAAGCUAAAUUUUAUCAACAUUAAGGGAUCAAAGAUACAGACUCAACGUACUUACUGUUAGUUCAAAUAAUAGGGAAUAAAUCUAAAACUGUGCUCUCUAAAUAACAAGGGUAUUUAUCUUGCUUGACAAAGCAGUCACCAAAGAAUUAUUGAACUAAAUCAUUUCACAUAUAUCUUCCAUGGAAUAAAGAGAAGAAAAC